GGCAGAAAGAGAGAGGGAACAUCAGAGACAGUUAGUAGAGGCUUGAGGUAAGGAUGCACAGAGGCAUAAGAGCCCCCAGAAGACACGUCAUUAAGGAACUACACACAUGCUUUGCUUCUUCAUGGCACAGGCUGUAAGCCACAGUGACCGCUAGUCAAAGGAUUUUAAACCAACACAAAAAAGAGGAAUCUACUCUAAUAGAGAUGACAGGCCAGCUCACUCUUACCAGAUACGGAGAUCUUCUUGCCUGAGAGGUCUUAGAAGUCUCUGCCAUCAUCAGCCUUGGAAUUGGCCAAAUUUCCAGCCAUUUUGUGUCAUACACUGCAACUAAAAGUGUGCAAGUAAAUCAGUAGGGAGCUGGGACGGGAGGGGUCAGCCAAUCGGAGGAGAGAGAUGUGGACGCAGGAGCGGUGGCCGGCACUGGCAGUGUUGUCAAUAAUCUUGCUGCUGUCAAAGGUGGUGGCUCCAAUUGAAGUCCCACUGGACCCAAAGAUCCAGCAAGAGCUGAAACAGCCCCCCACCAUUGUGAAGCAGUCACUAAAGGACUACAUUGUGGACCCUAGAGAUAACAUCAUCAUUGAAUGCGAAGCCAAGGGGACCCCAGUGCCAACGUUUCAGUGGCGGCGGAAUGGGAAGUUCUUUAACGUGGGGAAGGACCCGCGGGUGACCAUGCGGAGUCGUUCCGGAACACUGGAGAUCAGAAGCAGCGGGAAACCGGAAGAAUAUGAAGGAGAGUACCAGUGCUUUGCCUCCAAUGAUUUUGGCACGGCGAUUUCCAACAAAAUCCUUCUACGAGUGUCAAAGUCUCCGCUGUGGCCGAAGGAGGUUCUGGAGCCGGUGGUUGUGCGUGAGGGGGAAUCACUCGUCCUGCCCUGCAACCCUCCUCCUGGUCUCCCCCCUCCUGAAACCUUCUGGAUGGACAGCUCCAUUUUGCCCAUAAUGCAGGACAAGAGGGUGUCUAUGGGCUUGAACGGUGACUUGUUCUUCUCCAAUGUUCGGGCUAAAGAUGCAAACACUGACUACAGCUGCAACGCUCGCUUCGAGUUCACACACACCAUUCAACAGAAAAACCCCUACACCCUUAAAGUGCUAACAAAGGAACCUUAUAAUGACACAUUUCUCAACUCCACUGAUGUGUAUGGUGCACGUAAUGUACCAGAAGUCCAGCCUACCUUUCUGUCUCCAAGGGGCUUGUCCAGCUUCAAGACAGUGCUCCGAGGGGAACAGCUUCUUCUGGAGUGUAUAGCAGCUGGAGUCCCAACUCCUAGCAUUGACUGGUUUAAAAAAGGAGGAGACCUCCCGUCCAAAAAAGCCAAGACUGAGAACUUUGGUAAAACUCUACGCAUCCUCAAUGUGUCCGAUGAGGACUCUGGCGAUUACAUCUGCAUGGCGAGCAACAAGAUCGGCAGUAUUCGCCAUUCCGUUGAAGUCCAGGUCAAAGCGGCUCCCUAUUGGCUAGACAAGCCCACCAAUCUGGUGCUUGCCCCUGAAGAGAGUGGACGAUUAGUGUGUCGUGCUAGAGGGAGCCCUAAUCCCACUAUCCAAUGGCUUGUGAAUGGGGAACCAAUUGAAAGUUCACUGCCAAACCCAAACCGGAAUGUUGUCGGUGACACCAUCAUGUUCCAAGCGGUUCAGAUCGGCAGCAGUGCAGUUUACCAAUGCAACGCCUCCAAUGAGCAUGGUUAUCUACUGGCUAAUGCUUUUGUCAAUGUCCUGGACAUGGCACCACGGAUGCUAGGUCCAAAGAACCAGCUGAUCAAAGUCAUUGAAAACAACAGGACCUUCCUCGACUGCCCUUUCUUUGGCUCACCACUUCCUUUACUGCGCUGGUUUAAGAAUGGCCUAGGCAGUGGUCUGGAUGGUGGUCAUUACAAGCUGUACAACAAUGGUACUUUGGAGAUUAAACAAGCACGGCCCGAAGACCAAGGCACCUACACUUGUGUAGCCAGUAAUAUUCUGGGCAAGAUGGAGAAUCAGGUGCGCCUGGAGGUUAAAGAGGGCACAAGAAUAGUGCGGGCACCUGAACAUGUCACAGAAUCCAGAGGAAGCACGGUUCGCUUUGAUUGUCGAGUUAAACAUGAUCCAUCCCUUCCAGCUACGGUCACAUGGCUAAAAGAUGACAAGCCUCUAAGCUUUGGCUGGAUAAGCCGAUUCAAAAAGGAUGAUGAAUCUAUGACUAUUCACAAUGUCAAUCCAGAAGAUGGAGGAACCUACACAUGCAUUGCCAAAACUGAGAUAGAUGAGGACUCUGCCUCAGCUCGCCUUACAGUUACAGAGGAUGACAUCUCGUCUGCCUCAAAUCGUAGUGCCUCUGCAGGUCGACCCGACCCACCUCAGGAUCUUGAGCUCUCAGACCCUUCAGCACGUAGCGUUAGACUCACCUGGGUGCCUGGGAAUGAAAACAACAGUCCUGUUACGCAUUUCCUUGUCCAGUUUGAAGAGGACAGGUGGGAGCCAGGGAGGUGGCAGAACCAGUCUCUAUUUGAUGGCAACCUAAACUCGGUUAACCUGCAACUGUCACCUUUCGUCAACUACCAGUUCAGAGUGAUUGCAAUCAAUGCUGUCGGCCAGAGUCAACCCAGCCUCUUCUCUGCACGCUAUCAGACCAGCGGAGCCCCUCCUGAUGUUCUGCCGAGUGGUCUUAAAGGCUGGGGAAGCAAGAAGAACAACAUGGAGAUCACGUGGCAGGCACUUCAAAACACAGAAAGAAACGGGCCAAACCUGCGAUACGUGGUAUCAUGGAGAAGGAAAGACUCUGAGGACGAGUGGAGUAACAUAACCACAACCAGAACAAAGCACGUUGUUCAUAAUACAGACACCUAUGUCCCAUAUGAGAUCAAAAUACAGGCCGUCAAUGACUUUGGACGCAGCCCUGAGUCAAACAUAGUCAUUGGUUAUUCUGGGGAAGACAAACCAUCCGCUGCACCAACAGAGCUCAGGGUGUCGAAAAUCAACAGCACCAAAGUAAAUGUUCACUGGGUGCCUGUGGACCCCAGCACUGUGAACGGAGAGUUUAAAGAGUACAAGUUGUACUACUGGCGGGAGGCCAGCCUCAUAAAGGGCCUGAAAGUGAACAAGACAAAGUUGCAUAAAGGUUUCUUCACCACGGCCGAACAUCCCUCUGGCAUCCUGACAGAGCUUUUUCCAUACAGCAAAUACAAGAUGUACAUGGUGGUAGCUAAUAGAGAAUACGAGGGACCACAAAGCAACACUGUGGAGUUCAACACCAAGGAGGGAGAGCCAGGGGCUCCAAAGUACUUCAGGAUUCUGAGGCACACAGACGUGGUUCACCUGAAGUGGGACAAGCCCCUGGAGCCAAACGGUGUCCUGAUUGGAUACACACUCCAAUACCACACAGUGAACGGGACGCAGGCAGGGGAGAGGAAGGUCCAGAGUUUUCCACCCAACGUGACAGAGUACACCAUAAAUCUGCCUAACCGCUUCACCCGGUUCAAGUUCUACCUUACAGCUCGCACACAGGUCGGAUCAGGAGAAGUGUACGCCUUGGAGUCGCCACAUUUCACUAAUGAAGGCACCCCAGAUACUGACUCUACAGUUGUAGCCGUUAACUUUACAGAUGCCUUGAUGUUCGAAACUCCUCCUCCUCCCCCUCCCCUCUCCACUGACCCAAUCCCAACAAUACUUACCCCAGAACCAACCACACCAGCCCCUACAACUGCUGCUCCGCCCAAACCUACUACUACUACCACUACUACUACAACUACUACAACUACUACUACUACUACUACAACUACCACAACUACUACCACUACUACAACAGCUUCCACCACGAUUCUUCCUGUUCGGCCCAUGCCUCCUAAAACAGUGGAUUGGAAAAUGCUGGCCCCGAAUGUAAAGAUCUGGAAUCUGACUGUGGAUGCUAACAAUGACUAUGCUAACGUCAGCUGGAAGCACAACUUCUCCGUUGGCAGCAGCGAGUUUGUGCUAGAGUUCACACUGGACAGUAAUGGGUCGAUGAAAAGCAUACAAGUAAACCACCAGCCUCCCAUUAAGCUGGCUGGGCUGGUGGCCGGGGCCAAGUAUCGGUUGCGGGUGUAUUCCCAUGAGCACAACUCCAUCAGCAGCGACUAUGUCAUGUUCGAGACAGGCAGAGCCUACAAGGAGCAGGAAGACAUCGCUACUCAGGGCUGGUUCAUUGGGCUGAUGUGUGCUGUCGCGCUGUUGGUUCUCAUCCUGCUCAUCGUUUGCUUCAUCAAGAGGAGUCGUGGUGGAAAAUACCCAGUGAGAGACAAGAAAGACCUCCCCUUAGAUCCUGUUGACCAUAAAGACCAAGAUGGUUCAUUUGACUAUCACAGCGACGAAGACAACAAACCGCUGCAGGGCAGCCAGACGUCCCUGGACGGGAAUGUAAAAGAAAGUGACGACAGUCUGGUGGACUAUGGCGAAGGAGGAGAUGGCCAGUUCAACGAGGACGGCUCUUUCAUUGGCCAGUACACAGUUAAGAAGGACAAAGAGGAGACGGAAGGAAACGAAAGCUCAGAAGCCACGUCACCCGUUAAUGCCAUAUAUUCUCUGGCAUAGCACCCUAAUCUGAGCACGGCGCCCCCCAGCGGGCCGGAGGGUGCCACUACACGCAUAAAAAUACGUAUAUAUAUAUACAGAGAGAAUUACAAGUAUUCACAUACAACGCACUGGAGUGCAUGAUUCUUCUAAACAAGGGAUGGGGAAAGGCAGGUGAGCCAAAAACGGUGGCCCCAUGCCCCACACAGACUUUAGUGUGCCUUUAGGGCGACGGGGCGGACUUUCAAGCUUUUCGUGUGGCUUAUGCUCUCUUUUUUUAUUUUGUAAAUCUUUAAUCUGCCCCUUCCUCCUCCUGUAGCUAGCAUCAAAGAAACGGAGAUACAAGCACCAGACCUGUGACAUAUCAACUGUGGGUCGACUCAACUGCAGAACGUCGGCAAAUACGUUUAUCAUAUUGAUAUUUCCGCAGUGAAUGACCCUUUUUCCACCGCAAUGAUAGAUGCGUCCAAAAAACGUGAAUUCUGUAUAGAGUGCUGGCACGGUUUGAUGUGCUUUAUAAAACUAUGCACUAUGUAUUAUCAUUAUCGUGCUUCUGGGUUACAAUUGGACGUUAGAAUCUCAUGUUUUCUUUUUUACGUUGACUUUCGCAAAGAAAAAAAAAACAUCCAGUCCUGGCUGCAUUCAUGUAUGCAGGGACUGAUAUCAUGCUUUCAUUUGCCACUGCUCUGUUAUUGAUAUAUUUUCACUGGCUGCAACUAUAAAAUGCCACCAAUAUUUAUCGACCGAGGUUAGAUGGCAUCACUUGUAAAUGAAGAAAAAAAUACAAUAUUUUGAAGCAUGGUAGUAUUUUAGCGCAAAGGACAAUGGAGAGGUUGUAAUACGAAGAGUUAAAUACGCAAUGAUAUAUUCAUUUUUUAUAAGACUUGCUUUAUAUAGUCCUCAAAAGAGAAUGAUGAUGAAAAGAUCAUGUUUUUCAUUCUUUUUUUUUUUUAUUAGCUUGGUGAAGAUUUUGGUGUCAGAAUAAGGAGUCUAAAAAAGUUUGGGGUGCAUCAAUACAUCAGUGGGGUUGUCAUAUGAGGAUUUCUAGACGUGAAUAACUCAAUAUAAAUGUAAGUGUACAUAUUGUUUGGGGUUGAUCCAGUGUUGAUUCUCUUUGUCCAGAGAGCAGCUGAGACACUGCCCUGAAGACAUGCCACUGUAACUGUAGUGCCACUCUCUACCUGUGCUCUCAUACUACUACCAUUACUUUAUCUUCUGCACUACUGUGUACUUACAGUAGGGUUCAAAAGUCUGAGGCCACACUAAACUAAGAGUUUUGAAUUUAAAACUAAAAAUUGAUAUUUUAAAGUCAACACAAAAUCAAAACUUCUUUACAAUUCUUCUUUUUUUUUAGAAUAUUAAAAAAUGUAAUAUUAAUUUUUAUUUUGUGCACAUUAGGGGUGGGCGAUAUAACCAAAAUCUUGUAUCACGAUAUGAGUCAUUUUAUUUAACGGUGAUGAUAUAUAUCACAAUAUAGUUAUUUUUGCUUUAAAUAAGUCUUUCUGAUAUCAAAAUUUUUAAUACCAUUAGAAAUACCAUAUUUUUUGUCACCAGUGUCCAUAUCACAAAAAACUAAUACUAGAUUAAAUUGGAAAAAUAAAUAAAUAAAUAAAAAUCAAGCUUACUGAGGACAAGUACAGUCAGCGAUGAAAUAAGAAACAAGCUAUAGAACAAAAACUACAGUAAAACAAAUAAGAAAUGUCACAUACGUUGUAUAAAGUAACCAACGGUUAAAAUACAAACACUGCAUAUUCUUCAUUGUGUAAAUUAAACAUAUAUUUCUUCUUAUUAAAGUUACAAAAAUUAUUUAGUCCAAAGCAGUCAAGAGAUUUUCUCUCUUUUGAUGUUUGAUUAACAUGAAUGACAGAACGACAAUAUUAGACUGCUGUCACUCUAAGGCUACGUUCACACUAUGAGUUUUUGGGAUUGACAACCGCAAUUACUUACAGGUGUGAGUCUGGAAAUGUCCCGUUCACACAGCAGCUUACAGUCGCGCUUCGAAUACUGACGGGAGUCAAGCUCGUAUUCCUUACCAGUGACCAUAGCAACAGUGACCAAAGUAAUAUCAAAGAUGGCGACGUCCAUAAAACUGAAAGUUUUAACACUCUCUGACAGGACAAGAGUCCAAUCGAGCCACGAGUUCAUUCAUCAAACCUUUAUUAAUCGACAGCAGCUUUAAUAUUUGGGUGAAGAGCGGAGCAUUUGAGUCGUGAAUAGAACACAGAACACAAAAAGGACGGCAGCGGCUCCGGUGGAGACUUGAUAUUAAUCCUUCAGGUGACAGACAGCCCGUUUCUCCGUCACUGUAAGCUACCGAAACCACAUAUGAAAGCACGUAACACACGGUAGACAUUGAAUGAAUCUCUCACACUGAAUGACGUGAGGGACUAGUUGUCCAGUCCGGUUCCGUUCAAACAGUGCAUGUGUUUCGAGAAUUCGGUUGGGAAAAAAAAACGGUGUGAGUUUGGUUAUAGAAUACGGUUGUCUCACCCGUAAUUAACCGUACUGUGUUGGAACGUAACCGUGUUAAGGACUCAAAUACAGGAAUGACAACCGUAUUAGAAACAAAUAAGAAAUGCUAUACCUUGCAGGUACCCGGUUCCAAUAUACUGUUACAAGUAUUUUCUUUCUCAGCUGUUUGCUUUCACUUAAGACCUAAAUUACUGUGUUUAUGAGGAUACUUGCAAAGACGGCCAUUUUUGACACAUACAAGUGUGUGUGUUUAACCGUGCAAAAAUAUCUCCCGCGUCUUCACGUCUGCACGUCUGCGUGUGUAUAACGAAAUAAGCUCUCUUUCGCUGCUGAUUGUGUUUCAACAACUUAAAAUCGCUUUAUUUUUAACCGUAAUGCUUAAAAACGUGUGUAAACAAUACGUUUUCGUGACCAUGUCGCAAAUAGUUGAAAAUAUCUACAAAUUUCUAUUGGUUAAUUGUGUGUACCGGAAAAAAUCGCCCACUCCUAGACAUUCUGAAACUUAAAACCUAUUUGUGAUGACAGUUUGUAAUGAAAAAUGUGAUCUCAAACUUUUGGACCCUUCUACAUAUUUAUCUUGAUUUUAUUUAUAAAAACAAUAGGGACUAAUAUAUUAAUAAUUUAUUGAUUGCACAACAGCUAUUCAGAAUCUGAGCUGUGGUUUUAGCACAUUGUGAAAGCUUCUCUGUGUAAUGUAGGUGAAAACAUACUUCAGAGAUCAAGGACCAUGUUUGUGGCAAUGUAAAAUAUUGAAAUGUGAUGUCACCAUUAAAAGGAGUAUGUCUUAUUUGUUAAUCGUGCUGCUCUUUUUAGUAUUAAUGUCGUAUCACUGCUAUUGUGUUAAUAUAUUAGAAUUUAUUUAAUGUCACUUCUACAUAACAUAAAAUGGAAAUAUUGUGUAUUUAUUUUCUCAAAUAAGGCCUCUUUUAUGAUGUAAAUAUCUUUUUUUUCAUUUUGAGCAGGUUUACUGUGUUACAGUAAGUGAAAAGUAAAAACGCUUUUUGGUGCAUCCCAAAAUGCAAGACUCCAUGCACAGGUUUGGAUUUGGGUUUAGCCAGUGUUCUUGGGUAAUUAGAAUGAGACUCGUUUUUGUGUCCUGUCAUUUUAAUUGUGACAUAGUUCGUCCCGGCUGACCUCGACGAUGUAAAUAGCAAAUGCUGUAGAGCUGUACCAUUGUAGCAUUCUGCACUGAGGAUGAUACCUUUUUUGUAAACAGCUGAAAUGUGUUAUGCAAGAGAAAAUGGUUUGUCAUUUCCUGUUCAUGUAUUGCUUCACUACAGGCUCCCAUAAUGCCUUUCACCUGUGACACGGCCCAGCCGUGGGGGCUGAAUAUCAGGUCGUAAUGUCCUGAUAGGGAUGCCAUGUCGUAUACGAUGCCUUCGCAGUAAAGAAACAUGUGUUGAAAUUCAUUGGAUCCAUAAGAUCUGCUUUCUCUCCAGUACCUCAAAGCAAUACUCUCCUCGUUUGCCUUUCGCUGUUGUUUUCUGCACAGUAGGCCUAGUCUACCAGAUUUUGUAGUGACUUGCAGGCACAGACAGCUCUUUAGAUCACACUGUAGCUUUGUGAGUCACAUGGUUUAACAUCAAGGCAAUUCAGUGUCGGCUUCAGCCUAUUUUGUCCAACCUUGCCUUGAACUUCUACAGCCACUUGUAUCUUCACAGAUGUUUCCUUGUCCAUGAGUUUUUGUGGGCUGGCGAUGUUCAAAAAUAUAUACAACUAUAUAUUUGUUGGCAUAUUGCUUAUUCUGUCUUUCUCCCAAAGUCAUCUGUGUAUUAAUUGGUAACAUGCGUAAUCUAGUUACCAUACAACAAGGAGUACAAUAAUUGCCAUAGCUGUUCUCAUGACACAUUUGAUUUUUUCAAAACCAUACAUGUUGGUUAUUAUUAUUAUUAUUAUCAUCCUUAUUGUAUUUUUAGGCAUUUGUGCAUCGGAGCAGCUUUUUUUAAUUGCUUAUCAUGCAGGUUAACUGUUUUUCUGUACAUCUGACCAUGGAAAUCUGGUCAGUCAUUACUGUUCAACAUGUAUGCGUGUAUGACAAGAUGCUGCAACUUAAUCUGCUCGAGACGCCUUUCUUUAUAGUAAAGCUGUGUCAUUUUCUCAACCUUC